GGACGACUGGCGCGGACACUUGCUCUUUCUAAACCUUUUCUUCUAGAUACUUCUGCUUUAAAAAUUAGUUUCACCAUGUGAAUUAUUGCAAUGGGUUAAUGUUAAAGAAACAAAAUGCCUGGAAUAACGGACAGAGUUCACUUUGAGGAUGAAGUGAUUUUGAGAAAUAUAAGGCUUGAUCAAAUUGGAGAAGAAAGGAGUCAAACAUACAAUCAAGGAAUAGAUGACAUCCUUAACCCUAAUGCAACGUACCUCACAGAACUACUCGGACCAGAUGAACUUGGGGAGGACUUUGGUUUUGAGCCAGAGGAUGCCCAUUACGUUGCUCCGAGCGAAUCCGAGGAGGAUUAUGUGGAGGGUCUUGAUGACCCCAUGUUGGACAAAAUUAAAGGGGAAAUUGCAAAAAAUCUGAGGAGGGAGGAAUCAGAGACGUCAGAAUCUUCCUCAAGGACUGAAGAUGACACAGAACAAGAAGAACUUAAUAUUCAUUAUUCAGAGCAUUUCACUUCAGUUCCUUAUGGAGUCUUGCCAAAAGCUACCUACACACAUGGCCGCAAAAAUGCUGACAUUAUGGGGAUUGUGUACAAUGGUAGGAUGAGGCAGUUUGUGAUUUUGGACGGGAAAGGAAUCACCACAUGGAAAAGAGACCCUGGACUGAACGGAGAAAGUCGCAUUCAAAGGGCAUUGAUGUAUCCCAAGUAUGAAUACAGACUGAUUUCCUAUCUGGUGUAUGCCAAAAAAUUUAACUGCUACUUUGCUCUUGGGAAAGAUUUCUCACUAAAGGUUUUGAAUCGUGACUUCAUUGAGACCUGUUCAGUUAGUGCUAAUCUACGAUCUGUCCUGUUCAUGUUGUUCAAUCCUGUCGGGGAUGAGCUAAUUACUGGAGGGGUUGGAGGAACAACGAUAUGGAAGUUUGAACAGGACGCUACCAAACAAUUAACAGAAAUCAAACCUCUCGCCAACUACAGACUCAGAAGAGUGAGGGACCUGAAGGAUGUAGGGGGGAGCUGGGUGAAGCGGGUGGAUCUAGAUUUUACUCUACAACACCUCUACUGCUGCUCAGACACAGACCUGUAUGCUUAUGAUCUCAAAGGGCAGCUUCUCUUUAAAUUCCUCAAAGCUCACAGUAUGUCCAUCACUGGUUGUAUCUACUCACAGUUCUCCAAAACACUUCUGACGUGUUCUAUUGAUACAGAGGUGAAGAUGUGGAGCCUGAGAGGUGGACUGGUUCACACUUUCCGUGGUCACUCGAGGGCUGUCACCAGUUUAGUGGUACACCCGGUCAAGCCGUCAAUCAUAGUGACCGCUUCACUGGACGGGUCAGUCAGAAUGUGGUCACUCAACACAAUGGAAAUAUUAUACAGUGUUGUGAUCUCCACUGAUGGCCUGCUGUGGAUGGGAAUGACAGACGACUGUCUAAUGUACUGUGCCACAGUCAGGAACAUCACCCUCUGGAAUCUCAAUCAGUUCUAUGAUUUCUUCGCUGUAGCUAGAAGCCGAAUUUGCCGCCUUUCUCUUGCCACUUGUGAAAACAAAACUACCCGUGUUGUUGCAGAGGGACAGGACAGCAGCAUGCGCCUGUUUUCCCGUAAGAGUCAGAAGAACAUGACGACUGUGUUACCUCCCCCUGAUAUUUCUCCCCUCCAGAGGGUGAUGAGUGUCUGCUAUAGUAGGGAGUACAAUAUGGUGUUUGUACUCAUUACUACCAUGGAGAUCUGGGUUUAUACCACCAAAACAGACCCCAGUUGCCGAGUGAUGACAUGGAAUGUCCAUGAUUUGCAGAUGCCUUAUCUCUCCAAUAAAGGCAAGAAGGAUUCAGAUAAUCCAUUAGGAGGCUGGUCCUCCUCCUUACAAGGUGGCCCCUCCCACCGUGCCACAGAGAACGGCCUGGGUAACGAGACCCUGUCCACCUGUCACUCCCUGUGUAUUCUGACUUCCACAGCCACCAUGUGGACAGAGGAGGGGUUCUGUUGCCCCAUACAAAACAUGGAUCUGGAGGAAACUUAUCUACUGAUGGGAUUGGAGGAUGGGAGAAUUUUGUUCAUGGAUCCAGUCACCAAAGGGAAGAAAUACAUGGAAUUCAAAGCUUCAAAGGAUGCUAUACAGGAAAUGAGACAUGACAUAUCCCACAAUGCACUAGUCACUCUAUGUCACCUUAAGGAACUUGCCAUGAUACAGAUCUGGAGCUUGCCCAAGCUUGAGCUGAAACAUGAGCUGUACUGCUCACUGGAUAUUAUUUGUUAUGCCAGAUUGGGUGAGGGGUUUAUGACGGGGCACCAGAAUGGCUGUGUGAACUUCUACACACUGGAACCAGCCGAGGACUGGGGAUUGUUCAGAGCUAAAAUUGAACCAAACAAAGACAGCGUUGUCAAGAAGAAGAGACCGGAACACCACGCAGAAGUGGUGGCUAUUGACUCAUCAGCUUCCAUGAGAAUUUUCUGUUCUGCCAGUUUGAAUGGAGUUAUCAGAAUCUGGGAUGAGAACAAGCACCUGCUGACAGAAAUCUUCAUGGACAAACUAGAAAUUGAUGAGAAUAUCAUACAGGAGGAACCAGGAAGGAAGAAAAUCAAGGUGGAUGAACAAGGAAGGAAGGAGAAGGUGGAAGAUGAGGAGGAGGAAGGAAGUAGUUCUUCCCUCCUGGAGAGAUCCUUGUCAGCUGCCUGUUUCCUUAACAACAAAGGGGAUCUAAUUAUUGGAUACAAAAACCAUAUCUUCAGUAUAGACCAUACAAAAGUUUGUCCACAUUUAUCCAUCACUGAAGAGGAAGAAGAAACAGAUAAAGAAUCGGCCAUUAUUGAGGAUCCCUCAGUGAUUUAUGAAGGUGGAGUUUAUCUUCCUGAACCUGUGACACUGGAAAAUUACUUGGUGCCCUUUGACUUUAUUGAUUUUUCCAAAGAUUUUCUGGAAGGAAAAAUGGAUCAUGAGGAAUCUUCUGAAAGUGACGAGGAAAGUGGUUCAGAGUCUUCCCUUUCUUUGGCCCCAACUGAAAUUUACCAGUCCCCCCUUGAUAGCCCCUGGAGUCGCUCCAUGAUAGACUUGACACUGGACUCAGAAAUAGACAAGUAUGAACUUAGACAACGAAUGAAUCUCACAAUGGAGGAAAUCAACAGAAGAGCUGAGGAAGAUUUCAGAGAAGCCAGAACAUCUAAGGAACGAUAUUUACGAAGGAAAAUGACAUUCAUUGCGCAGAUGAGGAGUGGGAGAAGAAGAAGGAGGAAAGCUAUCAGUGUGUUAGAUGGGGAGGACACACCUCAUGCCUCAGACCAGGAAUCAGGGGGAGAGGACAUGCCAAAGUUUGACUUCCCUAUGUUUGGUAACUCCCCUGGUCCCUCUCCCAUCCCUACUCCUCCCUCACAUCCAGCCACACCAGAGGUAGAAGAAGUUGUGGAGGAAGUUGAAGCUCCUCCACAAAAGCCAUUAGAUGAUAAUUUUGUUCUCAAAGAAGUCCCAGAAGUUGAGGGGACAGAAUUGGUUGCUCAGCAACAGCAGGUAGAAACAAAAACAGAUUCCUCCGAGGAAGAAGAAGUGAUCCCAGAUCGGAGAAACAAGUACAGACUUGAUAACAUCAAACUGGAUGUCAAGGGUCUAAUGAAGAGUGCCAAACCUGUAGUGAAGAAAGCCAAACCGCCAAGAAAGACUGACCCCUCACCGGCCAGAUCUGACCACACACAUGCCAAGCCCGAGGAACAACUCCUAACUCCUGAAGAACUUGCUCGCAAACAGGCAGAGGAAGAGAGACGAUUAGAAAGAGUUAAAAAACAAAUGUUAAAGGAUAGAAAAUUCCCAAAACGCGGGAAUAAACCAACGCGUGCAGAACUCAUAGCGGAACAAAGGCGCUUAGAAGAGUUGAAGAAGGAACACCCAUACGGGGUGGCUCCACAACUCUCGCAACAAUUGAAUAAGAAACCUCCACAGGAGGAGAAAAAAGAGGAUGUCCCAAUACAAGAGUUGAAGGAGGAUUACCCUUUAGUAGAGUUCGAUCAGCCUGACUUGGACAGCUUUCAAGAUGAGCUUUGGAACCCCCGAGAAACAGGCGUCAGUGGAACAAGUUUAAUGGGAACCAAACUAGAUCUGCCACAGAUCAGACGUGGGGCCGCAGGAACGCCAGGACCCAGGAUAAUUAAACCUCCUCCCACACCAAUAUCAAGAGGGGCGACACCUCUUCCACCUGAAAAUAAUGGCUAUCUGCAGGUCCCCACUACACCCACUCCAGGAAGCAGAUUAGAGGUCCCAUUGGAGAUCGACAAAGUUCCAGAUGAAGUGAGGAGAGAACUCCAAUCACGACAAGGCCGUAUUUCUCCACUAAAAGGAUUAGAAGAAGAGGAGGAUCAGGAUAACCUUAUUCCUGACAUAGAAACAGCAGUACAAAGACAGUGGAAUGUACAAAAUGAUCUCCCAGAAAGACCCCGGUCUGAGACCCCCACGGCGGCCCUUAAGAAACUUUCAGACUCCCGUAAAGGGGCCCCCAAACUGAUUAGGGUAGAUCUACCCAAAGAAAGUGACGGCAAAGUGGAUACAUAUCGCUCUAGGUUAGCCUCUCCCAUCUCCGAGAUGACUGAGGACCGGUCACACUUCAGUGGUCACGAGGCAGACGAUGAAAUGGAUCGGCAGAGGCCUCGGACCCACUACAAAAGCAGAAGAGAAAGAUCUCUACUUACAAAGGAGGAGUUAAAAUAUAUCCAACAGAGACCAAACUCUUCCUUCCACAGACCCAAGCCUUCAGAAACGCAAGAUGACACGGUUCGUCCGCAGACAGCCCACGUCAGAUUUCAAGCAGAGCUAGAACUGAUUCUUGAACUUCCUGACAAUUUAGAAGAUCUCCAGAAUGCGUUUGAAGAUGCACUGGAACGAUAUAAUAGUAUCCACGGAGUGUCAGCUACGGAUAAGAAUAAAUUGUACAGAAAUGAUGGCAACCAUUUUGAGGAGAAUUGGCAGGAGCGGGAAAUAGAGAGACACAUGUUGCUAAGAAUGCAGAAGGCAUUGCGGUCAAAGAGUGCAGCCCAGAAGAGACAGGUCUGGGAGGAACAACUGGAGGAAAAGAGACAAAAGCUUCAACAGAGAGAUAUAGAUACACAGUCAGCCAUAGGAUUUUCUACACGUUCCGAAACCUCUUUCUUUGCACUGACGCAGGUAGAAAGAGCAAACACCUCGAUGUCCUAUAUGCCUCAUCUAAAUACAGCAAAACCCACCGUCCAGGUCCCCAAGCGACCCAAGACAGCAGCAGCAAAUCUUCAAAAACAACAGACUGACAAAACAGCUCUUAAAGUGGAGAAACCUUUCAGAUACAAGAUACGACAAGGUGGAACAGACACACCGCUAUCUAGACCUCCUAGUCGCCAAACAUCAGAGCCUAGUCUAUCUCCACGCAUGAUUGACCCUAGAAACCCAAAUUCUCUUAGACCUCCUUCAACGAAAUCUAUUCCCAGCAAGUGCACACGGUACAUUCUUGUAAGUAAACAGAAACAGAAGCGUGCUAUGCCACUUCCUACACCUUUAGAGGAGCAGUUACUAGCUGAGAGAUUUCCCAUGAUGGGAGAAAAAAUGUAUCGUCAACACUCCGACCUGGUACUGAAGUCCCGCAAACCUACAUACUGUGUGGAGUAUACACCAUUUGUGAAUCAAUGGGCCUAGUUUGUGAUCUCAAAAGUUUCCUGGAAGCAAUAUUAAUACUGUUAAUAUUUGUGUGGCAUGUAGUUAAGAAUCUUUCCAUGCAUGGUUAUGGUGAAAUCUUUAGGACAAAAUGUUCAUGCAGUGUACCUCCGUAGUAUUCUUGUUUCUGUUUGUUGCACAAAAAUGUUAUAUUGAUAUUAACUUUGUGAUUUGUUGUUUUGAAAAAAAAAAAGUGAAAUGUCUUUGUUCAAGAAAUGGAUAAAUCAUAAAAGAAUUUUAAAUUGAACUGAAAAAAUAAUCAUAUUUAUCACAUCUUUCGAAGUGCAAAUCUCUUCUUUAUUUAAUAAUUAAACAUCCUAAUUUUGCGUUGUUUUUUAUGGUUUUGCAAAAUGGUUUACAAUUAUUUCGUCCUACGCAUGCUGACAUGUAUCUGCUUUGUCAAUCAUGACAUUUAAAUAAUAUAUUAAUUGAAAUAUUUUUAUACGAAGUGUUAAUGUUUUCAGUAUCAAAAUGUCAUUUAAUUUCAUUUUGAAACAAAGAUAAUCAUUAAAAUGGAUUCCUGUGAUGUUCUUUAUCUGUGAUAUUUGAGAGAAAUGACUAAGUAAGAGAGGUCCAAGGUUGUCCCUUUUAUUUUUGUACUUUUGACUUUACUGCCAUAUGUAUAUGUAUUUAUGAGGCUUUUGUUCAGAACAGUUUACUUUAUUUACAUUCUUAAAUAAAUACUGGCUUU